CCCAUAGUAAUACAUUCUUUGCUGUAGAGAAAAUAAGAUUACAAGUCAAGUAUACUCUUCAGGAAGAGCUUGUAUGAUAGUUUCAGUCCUGCAGUUGCAGCUUGCUUUAGGUCACAAUGCCUAUUUAUAUUGUUCCUAAGAGAAGCCAUAUUAGUGCACUUGGUGGUUCUUCACAAAAGCAUCCUCCAGAAAAUGUCAUUGCUAGAAACAGGUUUGCACAGACAUCUACAUCACACACACUGGAGAACGAGGGAAGCAAUCCUCAGUCACAGUCCCUGAGUAAGACCAAAGAAAUAAAUACAACCUAUGUGCUUUCAGCCUGUAACAAACUGGCUGACACUUCAGAUGCUCCCAUGACUGAAGGCAAGCUGACACUCCAACGAAGAACUGUGACAAGCAAAGAACAAUCUGAUACAAAUACAACACACAGCAGUGAAAAUACACAAAGGGAAAAAAGAUUGACACUGCAGCGCCGAACAAGGCCUGCAUCAACUGAGACGCACAAAACAAAUAUUCAUGAAGCCAGAGCAGAAAAAGGAGACCCUCUUCCCCAGAAGAGUGGCAAAACAUUGUUUCCACCAAAAAUUAGCAGCAGUGACCCUCCAUUUGUUAAGACUGGCCUUUUGUCACUUCAAGGCCUCACAGAUGGAAAGAGAAAUCCUGAUAUGAAAAGUAACGUACCUUUUAAUUAUAAUGGUCCAAGUGCUACUGGUAGCUACACACCUUUACGAUACAAGACAGUUGUUGGUGAUUCUCAGAGUAAAAACAAAGUUCCUAGACCAUCACUCUUAACAGUAGGAAAACUUGAUGAAAGGACGUCUAUAUUAAAACUAGCUGAAAAGCGUAAUUCCAGUAAGGAAAAUGGAACUGAAAGUCUGCAAAAUAGCUCUAUUAAGAAUGAAAAUCUGGAAAAGCAGAAGACACCAAGGAAAGGUUCAACAGAAGGAAUGAAAUUCACCCCCAGAUGUGGAGCUGUUCAGCAUGCCAAGACUCCUGCUGCCCCAACCACAAAGAAUAAGAUUCUGUGUCCUCAAACAAUAUCAGCCAAGAAAUCUGGUACUAAUGAAUUUACUCUAAAUAGAAGGUUGCAAGAAAAUACCACAUAUACUCAACAAACUGCUUCGCAGACAGACGAUACUCUAAUGCAGAACAUAUGUGGUAAAGAAGACCCUUUCAAAAUAGAAAACAGCAAAGUGACUGUAGCUGUGAGAAUACGACCCUUUAGUGUCAGAGAUAAGAAUGAAGAAACAUUACAAGUGGUUUCCAUGACAGGGCAAGAGACUGUUGUGCACCAUCCAAAUACAAAACAAAUCUACAGUUUCACUUUUGACUUUUCAUUCUGGUCUUUUGAUAAAUGUCAUAAUUUUGCAAGCCAAGAGAUGGUGUAUAAAUCCCUGGCAGUACCUCUCCUAGAAAGAGCCUUUGAAGGAUACAACACCUGCCUUUUUGCAUAUGGACAGACUGGUUCUGGAAAGUCAUAUACUAUGAUGGGAUUUGAUGAUGACGAAAGAGGAAUAAUACCAAGAUUCUGUGAAGAUCUCUUUACUCAAAUAGCAGAAAAAGAAACGCAACAGACUGAUUUUCAUCUUGAGAUGAGCUAUUUUGAAGUCUACAAUGAAAAAAUUCAUGACUUGCUAGUCUACAAAGUUGAAAAUGGACAGAAGAAACAGCCUCUUCGUGUGAGAGAACAUCCUAUCUUUGGACCCUAUGUGGAAGACCUGACUGUGAAUGUUGUUAGCUCUUACUUGGAUAUUCAGAAUUGGCUCCAGUUAGGAAAUAAACACAGAGCUACUGCUGCCACAGGAAUGAAUGACAAGAGUUCUCGAUCUCAUUCUGUUUUCACCCUGGUGAUGACACAAACAAAGACAGAUAUUGUGGAAAAGGAGGAACGUGAACAUAGAAUUAUCAGUCGUGUGAACCUGGUAGACCUUGCAGGCAGUGAGCGCUGUUCUACAGCUCAAACCAGUGGAGAAAGACUGAAGGAAGGUGUGAGUAUAAAUAAAUCCCUGUUAACUCUGGGGAAAGUUAUUUCUGCACUGUCUGAGCAAAAUCAGAGCAGGAGGAAGGUGUUCAUUCCAUACCGUGAAUCUGUUCUUACGUGGCUGUUAAAGGAAAGUCUUGGUGGAAACUCGAAAACUGCUAUGAUCGCCACAAUUAGCCCUGCCGCAAGCAAUAUAGAAGAAACACUGAGUACCCUUCGAUAUGCUAAACAAGCUUGUUUCAUAAUCAACAUUGCCAAAGUCAACGAAGACAUAAAUGCAAAACUAAUCCGAGAAUUGAAAGCUGAAAUUGAGAAACUGAAAUUGGCUCAGAAAAAUGCUCAGAAUGUUGACCCUGAAAAACAAAGACUUUAUAUGCAAGAAAUAACAUCUUUAAGAGUGAAACUAUACCAGCAAGAGAGGGAGAUGGCAGAGAUGCAAAGGGCCUGGAAAGAAAAACUUGAACAAGCAGAAAAAAAGAAAUUUGAGGAAACAAUGGAGUUACAGAAAGCUGGCAUUACAUUCAAGGUUGACAAUAGUUUGCCUAAUUUAGUCAAUCUCAAUGAAGAUCCCCAGCUCUCUGAGAUGUUGCUAUACAUGAUCAAGGAAGGACAAACAACAGUUGGGAAAUGCAAGCCAAAUUCACGCCAUGAUAUUCAACUGUCUGGUGUCCUGAUUGCCGACGACCAUUGUAUUAUCAAACACAUGGAUGGUGUUGUGAGUAUUAUUCCACUGGGAGGAGCGAAUACCUACGUUAAUGGAAAAUGCAUUUCAAGCCCUACAUUUCUCCAUCAUGGUGACCGUGUCAUUCUUGGAGGAGACCACUAUUUUCGGUUUAAUCAUCCAGUAGAAGUUCAGAAAGUCAAAAGUCUUUCUUGUGGCACUUCCCUUCCUGAGGAUGGUCCAAGUGGCUUUGAAUUUGCGAAGAAUGAAUUGCUGGCUUCACAAAGGGCUCAACUUGAAACAGAAAUAGAAGAAGCACGUCUGAAAGCUAAGGAAGAAAUGAUGCAAAGUAUCCAAAUCGCAAAAGAAAUGGCCCAAGAAGAACUUAGUUCUCAGCAGAAAGUUUAUGAGAGCCAGAUAAAAUCAUUAGAAGCACAGCUGGAAGAAGAAUCCCGGAGGAAACAACUGCAGGAAAUGAAUAAUAAAAUAGCUGUAAACAAAAUUCAAGAGCUGGAGCAAGCAAAACGGGGCCUUGAGCUAGAGGUACACGUAAACAAGAAGCGCUUGGAAAUGGAGACAUUGGCUGCUAGGGAGGUUUUAGAAGAUCAUGUCAUUCGUCGUGCCAAGAUUCUAGAAGCUCUAGAAGCUGAGAAGCAGAAAAUUGCUCAGGAAGUGGCAAUGCUUCAGCAGACUCAUGGAAACAGAAAUAAAGCAGAACCAAACUGGAAUUCUUUGAAGCUGUCCAUGAUGAUCAAGGAGGCCAACACUAUUAGCAGUAAAUUAGAGAAACACACAGUUUUUUGUAGGCAUGACGCAAUGGAUAAUAAAAAUGGUUCUGGCCAUUCCCUUCAAGUUCAAGUCCGUAACAUCAGGCUUGGUGUUGCAACAUUCUGGAGUUUGGAAAAAUUUGAAGAUAAAUUGGCUGCAAUGAAAGAAGUCUAUGAGAUGAACAAUACUAACAAAGCUGAUGAGAUUUUUUAUGAUCCCACUGAUGAAUGGGAACCUGAUUUUUCAAAUGCAUCCAUCUCUUCUGUUUCUUCAAGGAGAAGUUUGAGGAGGAGCAAAAGAAUUUCUGGAUGUUUGUCUGAGGUAAAGAUGAGACUGCACAAUUCAUACCUAUCAGACUCAGCAAAUAAAUUGGGCAGCCUGGGCUCAGACCUACCUGAAUCAUCUCUACCUGGCAUAUGUAAGGAACUGAUAGAUUCAGCUUUGGAUGUCUUGGGACAGACAAAUGAAGAAGAGGAAGAGAGCAUAGCACAAAGCCUUUUAGCAAAAUUGUUUAUGGUUUAUGUUGGAGUCUCUGCUUUGAUAAAGGCUUAUGAGGAAGCUGAACAAAGUCAAGAGAACUUUUUCACUGUUAACCAUACUGCUCAGUGCUGCAGCAUCAAAAUUAGUUCAGCUUUCGAACAGCUUGUUGUUCUAACCAAGCACUGGCUGAACAGUUUUCAAAAAAAUGAAGAAUUUGUAAUGAUUCAUGAUGAACUAAGGGACAGUGUAAAACACCUGGGAACAUAUCUGCAAUUGCUCUUGCGGGGCGGUUGCUCAGAUUUGUCUUCAGUAGUAGUAGAAGCACAAAAGAAAAUAAUGCAGAUGUUGAAACAAAUGGCAAAAUACACAGGACACUUGGUGGUACUUACUGGCUCAGACCUACAUCUUUCUGCAGAAAAUAAAAGUGAUGCAAGCAACCCAAAGAAGCAGUUCAUAGCAGACAUCUGUGAUGGAAUGGUCUCUGGACUAGAACACCUUUUAAACUGCAUACAGAAAAAAUCUAGGGCAAUGUGGAAUGAACUCUUAAAAUGGUAUCCACAAAAUGAGGUUCAGAAUCAAAUAAAGACUAAAGCUAUGGAUUUCGCUAAAAUCCUUGAAAAUAUAAUAGCUGGUUGUAAAAAGAAAGUAGCAGCAAAUAUAUCAGGGACUGAAGACGGUGUUGAUCAGGAGUUAAAGCAAGCAACUAGCAAAGCUGUUGCAUUCUUGGAAUUACACCAUUGCCUAGAUCAAGUCUGUCGGAUGGUUACUUCUUCAUUACAAGGCUCAUAUAGAAACAGAAGUCCACUUAGGUAUUUCAUAGAAAAGAUUUGCAUCUUAACUGGGAAUUUUAACACUCUCUGCAACCCAUCUGUAUUAUCCACUGAUACAGCAGACAAAACCCCAGAGCCUUCUGUGAACCAUAGAGAAUUGGACUCUGUAGCAAAGUCACUCAUUAUAAGUUUUGAACUUGAACAGGGGCAGAAUUCAUCAAAAGUUCAGGACAGUUGUAUGCAAAAUUCUUCUUCUGAAGGAAAACAACUUGAAGAGGAUGAAGCUCUAAACAUCUGGGAGCAGAAAGGAGCUCCGAAAUGGGAACACCUACUUUGGUCUCUGCCUGAAAGCUUAGGGGAAGCUUCACCUAGUGGAAUCCAUUGGGUAUAAAUUAUUGCUUAACUUAUGGAAUGCAGGAAAUAAACAUUGUAACUGUUA